GCAUCCGAGGAGAAGCAGCCGGUUACGGUCGGGAUGAAGCUGGCUGUCAUGUGGUUGUGCAUUCUGCAUUUGACCGUAGUCAGUGCUGGACUCUACAACCGCAACGAUCCGCGGGCUGGCCACAGUAAUGUGCCAGGCAGCAGGGCUAAAGCUCCCCAGAAGACUCAGCCCCCCAGCACAGGGUCUUUAAUCCAAGGCCGACAGGGACCCCUGUUUGCGAGGAGAGGACAGUAUGAAAGACAAAGGAUUCAUGCAUCGAAGCCCAAAGUGGUCCCUGCUCUUCCAAAUAGCGCUCCCCCUCCUUCUAAAGCGGCACCCAAUCCUGUGAAGCCUGAGUGCUCACAGCUCACACAAAGCUGUCUGCCCCAGUUUGGCUGCUGUGACCAAGGCGCCACAUGCCACUGCCGCUUCUUCAAUGCAAUCUGCUUCUGCCGCCGGAUAACCUCGUAA